AUGGCUUCCAUCCGCACUCUUACCACCUUUGUCCUGGCUCUUGGUGUCGCUGCCAACCCUGCACCUGCUCCUCAUCCCGAAGCUGAAGCUGGCAUCGCUGACUCCAUUGGCCCGGCCGCGGUCAAGCUUGAACCAGUCUCAUUCUCCUUGACUCUUCCCAAUGUCGAGCUCCCGACCCCGCCUACCAUCAACGCUCCCCGCGGCGUUCCUGACAUCGAUCUUCCAGCUCUUCCCACUACUCUUCUCUCUGUUCUGAGUCUCAACCUCCCUCGUGGUCUUACUGCUCCGACCCUCGCACCUCCCGCGCUCCCAGCACUGCCGACUUUGUCUGUUGACGUUGCAAUUCCAGCUUCGACCGUUUCGUUGGCCAUCGAAGUUCCGGACCUUAACAUCCCUCGCGGCCUUACGGCUCCGACUCUUGCACCCCCGGUGCUCCCGGCUCUGCCUACUCUUUCUGUUGACGUUGCCGUCCCGGCUUCCACCGUCUCAGUGGCCGUUGAGGUUCCAGACCUGAACAUCCCUCGGGACCUCCCCAUCUUGUCAUCUCUUCUCUCGCUAUCGGCCAAAGUUGAGGCCACCGGCCUCCCCCUUCUCCCUACCGUCAACAUUCCCCGAGAGAUACCGGCGAUUCCCUCUAUCAGUGUUGAGCUUCCAGUCCUGCCCUCGACUUCCAUCGCCCUCCCAGUUCGCAGGCACGCUCGGGACAUCUCGAUUGCCAAUCCUCCCCUACCUACCCUGCCAGCCGUUAAAGUCGCUCCCUACACUGUUGCUCUUCCCGGUAUCGCUAUUCCCAAUGCCCCUGGCGUUGUCGUUGAGCGCGAUAUUCCAUCCAUCACUGGUCUCCAGGUCGACAUUACUCUGCCUGCCGUUGCGCUCCCUACUCUCCCCAAGCUCAACCUUGAACGCGACCUUACCGCCACCAUCAAUCUCUCGGUCCUCAGCACUCUACUCGCUGUUCUGCCCACCGAGGCCCCGAAGCUGAACCUCGGGCGAGACCUACCUGCUGUUGAUGCCUCGAUCCUCAGCUCGCUGCUCGCCGCUCUGCCCACCCCAAAGUUGAACUUGGAGCGCGAUUUACCUACCGUUGAUGCCACCAUCCUGAGCAGCAUUCUUGCUACUCUCCCUACCGCCAUUCCCAAGUUGAACCUUGAGCGCGACUUGCCUGCUGCCGAUGCUUCAGUCAUCAGCUCUUUGGUCGCUGCUCUGCCCACCCCUUCCGUGAAGCUGAACCUCGAGCGCGGCUUGCCCACCAUUGACCUUUCGGUUCUUAGCUCUCUGGUCGCCAUUCUGCCCACCGCCAUUCCCAAGCUUCCGGAGCGCGGCUUGCCCAUUGAUGCUUCCGCGGUCAUCAGCAGCAUUCUUGCUACUCUGCCCAGCCCUCUCGCCAAACUCAACUUGGAGCGCGAUUUGCCCGUCGAUGCUUCCGCGGUCAUCAGCUCCCUGUUUGCUGCUCUGCCCACUCCUCCCGCGAAGUUGCUCGAGCGCGAAAUCGCAGUCCCGCUCCCUACUGUCGCACCUGUCGCCUUCUCUCUCACUGCUCCCGUCGUUCUCCCUGCUUCCGUUGUUCCUGCGAUUCCCCGCGACGUCGCCCCGAGCUCCGUCGAUCUCCCCGCGCUCCCAACUCUGCCCGUCAUUCCUCCCGUCAACGUCAAGGGCGAGCCCAUCAGCGCCAACGUCCUGCCUCUUCGCGCCCUCCCGGUUCUUCCUAUUAACCCUACCACCUUGAUCUCAUUGAUCCCCGCCCCGACCGGAAUUCUCAGCUGCUCUACCGUCCAAUGCAUUCCCGAUUUCGUCUGCAGGGAGAAGAAUGGCGCACCCAUCUGUGUGCCCGUCUCUGCGCCUACCGUCCCUGUUGUCUGA